AAAAUAGGGGACAAGGUUCGGGUCCACUACACCGGCAAACUCGACGACGGCGAAGUCUUUGACUCAUCCGAAGGCGGCACGCCGUUGGCUUUCACAGUUGGCGACGGACAGGUCAUCCCCGGUUUCGACAACGGUGUGAUCGGUAUGGCGCCGGGCGAUUCCCGAACGGUGAAUAUACCGUUCGUAGAUGCUUACGGCGAGCAUCAUGACGACGGCGUGAUGGAAGUGCCGCGCAAUGAGUUCCCCGACGAUAUGGAACUUGAAACCGGCUCCCGGGUGCAGGGUCAGCAAAGCGACGGCGCCGUGGUGAGCUUUACGAUCAUGUCGGUCACCGACGAAACGGUUACUCUCGACGCCAACCACCCGCUGGCCGGCAAAGACCUGACUUUCGACCUGAUGCUGGUGUCAAUCGGCGAUUGA